AUGUACGUUCGACGCACCCGCUUCCGCCCGUCGCACUCCCUUCCGCACGCCUGCACUCCCUUCCGCUCGUCGCACUCUCUUACGCCCAUCAAACUCCCUCCUGCCGUCGCCCUACUGCCCGUCGCUCUCCCUAGCGCACGUCGCACUCACUUCCGCCGUCGCCCUCCCUUCCGCCCGUCACCUUCCCUUCCGCCCGUCGCACUCACUUCCGCCGUCGCCAUCCCUUCCGCCCGUCGCCCUCCCUUCCGCCCGUCGCCCUCCCUUCCGCCCAUCGCCAUAGAUUCCGCCCGUCGCCCGUCGCCAUGCCUUCCGCCCGUCGCCCUCCCUUCCGCCGUCGCCAUCCCUUCCGCCCGUCACCCUCCCUUCGUCUCGUCGCCCUCCCUUCCUCCCAUUGCCCUCCCGACCACCCGCCGCCCUACCUUCCCCUCGUCGCGCUCCCUUCCGCCCGUUGCCCCCCUUUGUCUCGUCGCGCUCCCUGCUGCUCAUCGCCCUUCCUCCCGCUCGUCCCCUCGCAAUCCCCGUAUCUCUCUCCCCUCGUCGCCCUGGCAUCUCCGUCACUGUCGCCAUCCCUCCCUUCUCCCUUCCCAACUCCCACACUUGUCACGCCCCCUUUCCAACCCGCACACACCCUUCCUUUCCCUUUCCCUGCUUUCCCAUGUUCCUUUCCCUGCUUCCCCCCAUCCCCUUCCCUGCUUCCCCCCAUCCCCUUCCCUGCUUCCCCCCAUCCCCUUCCCUGCUUCCCCCCAUCCCAUUCCCUGCUUCCCCAUGUCCCCUUCCUUGCUUCCCACCAUCCCCUUCCCUGCUCUCCCCCAUCCCCUUCCCUGCUUUCCCCCAUCCCCUUCCCUGCUCUCCCCCAUCCCCUUCCCUGCUUCCCCCCAUCCCCCUCCCUGCUUCCUCCCAUCCCCUUCCCUGCUACCCCCCAUCCCCUUCCCUACUUCCCCAUGUCCCCUUCCCUGCUUCCCCCCAUCCCCUUCCCUGCUACCCCCCAUCCCCUUCCCUACUUCCCCAUGUCCCUUUCCCUGCUUCCCCCCAUCUUCUACCCUUUUUCUCCCCAUCCCUUUCCCUGCUUCCCCCAUCCCCUUCCCUGCUCCCCACCAUCCCCUUCCCUGCUUUCCCCCAUCCCCCUCCCUGCUUCCCCCCAUCCCCUUCCGUGCUUUUCCCCCUCCCGUUUCCAUCGCUUUCCCCCUCCCGUCGCCCUCGCUCUCCCCCUCCCGUCGACCUCGCUUUCCCCCUCCCGUCGACCUCGCUUUCCCCCUGCUCACUCUCUUUCCCUCUGCUCACUCUCUUCCCCCUUCCUCAUUCUCCCCCCCCUUCCUCACUCUGUUCCACCCUGCUCACUCUCUCCUCCUCACUCGUAUCCCCCCUCUUCUGUUCCCCCCUGCUCUAUUCCCCCCCGCUCUAUUCCCCCCUGCUCUAUUCCCCCCUGCUCUAUUCCCCCCUGCUAUAAUCCCCCCUGCUCUAUUCCCCCCUGCUCUAUCCCCCCCUGCUCUAUCCCCCCCUGCUCUAUCCCCCCCUGCUCUAUCCCCCCCUGCUCUAUUCCCCCCUGCUAUAUCCCCCCCUGCUCUAUCCCCCCCUGCUCUAUUCCCCCCUGCUCUAUUCCCCCCCUGCUAUAAUCCCCCCUGCUCUAUUCCCCCCUGCUCUAUCCCCCCCUGCUCUAUCCCCCCUUGCUCUAUCCCCCCCUGCGCUAUCCCCCCCUGCUCUAUCCCCCCCUGCUCUAUUCCCCCCUGCUCUCUCCCCCCUUGCUCUCUCUCUUCUCACCUCCUCACUCCGUUUCCCCCUUGCUCACUCGGUUUUCCCAUUGCUCAUUCUCUUCCCCGCUGCUCAUUCUGUUUCCCCUUGCUCAUGCUGUUUCCCCUUGCUCAUUCUGUUCCCCCUUGCUCAUUCUGUCCCCAGCACCAGGUGUAG